UGUAUUUAAAUUCGAUGCUUUUGUUCUUCCAUGCAUAGUGUUUCGAUAUCUAUAGAAAAGUUUGUUAAGUUUAGUUUGCUUAGUUUUUGUUACAUGAAAAAUUGUCUUUUUCGACAAGAAGUAAUUCAUAAUGCCACCAAGAAUCACGAAGAAAUCAAAGAGUAAAAAACAGAUCUCUGCAAUACCCCAAGACCUGGAAUUCAUGCUGGGAGAGGAGAUAUCUUCACCACUGGACAGCCCACUUUCACCAACAGAGGCCGAAUACUCGCUUCUUACUGCCUCGCCUCAUGACGUGCUGGAAAAUCUGCGAUUGGUUGGCCUGGCUGACAACGAGACAACGAAUGAAAGGGACCAAUAUGUGACGAGCAGUGGUAACUAUAAGCCCAGAUCAAUUGUCGAGGUCAUCCCAAAGCAUUCUGUGCCUCAAAUAAUCAGUAACAAAUCUAUAUCUAAAGGAAAAACAAAACAAAAGAAACCAGAACCAUCGGAUCGGAGAAUCGAGUACUCCGAAGGCUUUACGCAAUCUCAAACAUCAUCUGGUAUAGAAAGAGAAAUCAGUUCUAACCGUGAAUCAUCAUUUGAAACGGACACUUAUAGUUCAAACCUAACGGAUUCAAGCACACAGGCUGUUAGACCCAACGAUGCGUCCGAAAAACCUUCAAAAUCGUCAAAAGGCCAGAAAACCAGUACCGAUCGACGUAAAAGCUCGCCCACCAAGAGGAAUGUUCCUCUAGGGUCAAAGAGGCAAACGAUAGCCAAUGAUAGAGAACUUCAAUUACUGCACAGCAUCGCACGUCAUCAAACGAGCACCGAAUGUUUGAUCCCGAAGCUCCCGUUUUCCCGAUUGAUCAAGGAAACUAUGCAACAGUACUGUGGCAGAAACCUUCGCAUUACUCCGGAGUGUCUGUUGUGCCUGCAGGAAGCGGCCGAAAUCUAUGCCGUCCAGGUGAUGGAAGAUGCCUACCGCUGCACGUUGCAUCGAGGAAGGAUAACGCUCACUGCCAAGGAUAUGAGACUGGCUUUGCUUUUGCGUAACGAUAGUGUGAUGAUGUAGAUGGAUGUUUGAAUUAGGUUGUUUUAUUUGAGAGCUCGAUAGACGAGUCUGUAACAAAGUAUUAGUUGAACGAAGAUUGUUAAAUGUAAUGUGUUUCAGUGUAACAAAUAAAGUAUGAAUAUAUCGAGAAAUAAUA